AUGAUCUUCCUAAAACGAUCCUUUCUGUUAAGCACUUUCCUGCUUUCGCAUAAGAACCAUGUCACUGCCAAGACUAUUCGCAACGCCGAAGCAAAACUUGGAAACACAAGAGGAAGACAAUACGUCAAUGAUGCCAACCAUGCCAAGAAUGAAGAAUGGACCGAAUUCGAUGUGUCGCAGAUGCAACUGAGCAUACCUCCUACACCAGGACCAACUCGUCCACCAACAAGGCGCCCUACUUCACGUCCAAAUUCACAACCAACAGCACCAGCUCCAACAGCGAUGACACCAAUAGUAGCAACUACCCCUCGUCCCACACCACCACCAACAAUGCCAUCCAUCCCCGCAACGCCGCAGCCAACGCCACAGCCAACGCCACAACCGACACCACAGCCAACACCACAACCCACGAACCUUCCGACUCCUCCUCCAACCAAUGCUGCCCCCACCAUUCCAGCCCUUUUCCUCGACGAAGAUGACUUGUUUGACGAAUUUGGUCUAGCAGAAUGCCAAGGAGAUUGCGAUGAUGAUUCGGACUGUGAGUUCGGUCUCAUUUGCUUCUUCCGCGAUGCAGGAACCGUCGGUGUCCCAGGAUGUCAAGGCAAUGCUGACGAAGUUGGUGAUGGCUUUGAUGACUUCUGCAUUAAGCCGCCUACCGACAACACCUUGGUGCUUGUUGGAGACGAGGGUCUUCCAGCAUCUGUAUUCCCUCUUGGCAAGUGUCAGGGAGAUUGCGACGUAGAUGAUGAUUGUGCGGGAAACUUGGCGUGCUUUGAGCGUGCUGGAGACGAGGUGGUAAAUGGGUGUAUCGGAUUUGGAGGUACAACCUGGGACUACUGUUUCGAUCCAAACACGUCAGAAGUCACUCUCAACUGGAUUGGUGAUCCAGAGGAAGAGUGGGAAUACUUCGAGCUAAACCAAUGUGAAGGAGAUUGCGAUUUCGACUCUGACUGUGCCAAUGGACUGGUGUGCUUCCAGCGGCAAUUUGGGGACGAUGGAGUUGUUCCAGACUGUCUUGGAAAUGCCAACGAACUAGGAGGCGGAGCCGAUGACUAUUGCAUUCCCAGGCCAUCGGAAAACUUUCUUGCUAGUGUUUACGAUGACCUUGAAGUGGCAAAUACUGGAAUAUAUCCCAUUGGAUUCUGCCAAGGAGAUUGCGACACAGAUGAAGAUUGUGCCGCUGGUUUGACCUGCUUCAACAGAGAUGGUUUUGAUUCCGUGCCUGGGUGUGAUGGAGAUGGAGAGCAGGACUACGACUACUGCAUAUGA